AUGUCGGGUAUAGCUACGCAAGUGUAUGCAUUAUCUCGUCUGACGCUUGCAUUAUUCGAAGAUUCUGGAUGGUACAAAGUGAACUACGAAAAGUGUUGUUUCAGCAAAGCUGAAGACAUGCCGUGGGGUCGCAAUCUCGGCUGUGGAUUCGCCAAGCAAAGCUGUCUGACGUGGAUGAGAAGGAAUAAAGAGAAUCCGUAUCCCUUUUGCAACACAUACGAUGACGCUAGGUGUAGUACAUCGCGUAGAGCAAAGGUACGAUGCAACUUAGUUCAAGACUCGAAAAUUCUUCCACAAGAAUACAAUUACAACGUCAAGAACAUGUAUCAUGACAAGAAAGGCCAAAAUGUUGUUGGGUAUGGGGCGGUUGAAGUGGCAGACUACUGUCCCUAUUAUAGAGUAAGUUAUGGUUACUGUAUUGCACACGGACCAACAUAA